UUGCACCCCCACCUGCCGCUGCCAUCAUGUACCCCAGAGAGUACCCAAAGAACCUGGAGUGCCCGCCCUCAUUUCGUAAUUUCAAAAUUUCAGAAGUUAAUUGUCAAUUCGAGUGUUGUAAUGUGAGCAAGUCAGUGUUAUGAGAAUGACACUUGUCCCAAGCCUGUCCCCUCCUCGGAUUCUGAAAGAAAGGCAUGAGAGCAAGUUUCGGAAAGGGCCGAGCAGGUUUACUGUGCGCGCCAGCGCAAACCGGGCUCCCUUCACGUCGGGAUCAAUGAUUAAUCAAAUCAAUGGUUGAUCAAAUUAAUCACAUCCGCGUUGAUUGAUUGAUUGACUCCGAGUCUGCCCUCCUCCGAGCCUAGACCCUCCGAGGUCCCGGAGAUUUCAUCCCGAGCUGUCUUUAGUCCUCUGACUAAGAUGCCUUGAGCAGGUCCACACCUGGGGAGACGCCCUCCAACGCUUCCAAUAAAGGCUCGUUCGAGUGAACUCACCCCGGGAAGAAUCUCCCUGGCCCGCCCCCGUCCGAGGGCGGCGAGCUGAACGGGACCGAAUUAAGCAGAACCAAACGGAAGUGAAUCCAACUGGACUGGAGCAAACUGAACUGAGCAGACAAGAACUGAAUUCCUCGGAACUGCUGCGAUCUGAGCAGCGAUCGGUUUGGAGCGGAGGAAGGGUGACCCCCGCCCAGCCCACGGGGCCGGCAGAACUCUAACUCCCACAAGCCCCCGGGAAGGACGCCACCUCCCUUCCGGGCCGUGUAGGCGGUGGGAGGUGGCGGAGUCGGCCCGGCUCCGAGGGACCGUGACGCCCUUACGCACAGACGCACGCGCUCAGCCGGACCCGGCGGGCGGGGGGACGCGGGACGCGAGACGCGGGGCCCCGGCGCCCGAGCCGGGGCUGCCAUGGCGGCCGUGUUCGAUAUCGACUUGGAGACCGAAGAGGGCAGCGAGGGCGACGGCGAGCCGGAGCUCAGCCCCGCGGACGUUGAUGUGGAAUUGAGGACCGCUGGUGUGGAGCCUGUGGGACACUAUGAAGAGGUGGAAUUGUCAGAGACCUGCGUGAACCCUGGACCCGAACGCAUUGGCCCCCACUCUUUUGAGCUCCUCCGAGUCCUGGGCAAAGGGGGCUAUGGAAAGGUAUUCCAGGUCCGGAAGGUACAAGGCACCAACGCAGGGAAAAUAUACGCCAUGAAAGUGUUGAGAAAAGCAAAAAUCAUGCGCAACGCUAAGGACACAGCCCACACGCGGGCCGAACGAAGCAUCCUGGAGGCCGUGAGGCACCCCUUCAUUGUGGAGCUGGUGUAUGCCUUCCAGACUGGCGGCAAGCUCUAUCUCAUUCUGGAGUGCCUCAGUGGAGGAGAGCUCUUCAUGCAGCUGGAGCGUGAGGGCAUCUUCAUGGAGGACACGGCCUGUUUCUACCUGGGGGAGAUCACACUGGCCCUGGGCCACCUCCACUCCCAAGGCAUCAUCUACCGGGACCUUAAGCCCGAAAAUAUCAUGUUGAGCAGCCAAGGCCACAUCAAGCUGACAGACUUCGGCCUGUGUAAGGAGUCUAUCCAUGAGGGCUCAGUCACUCACACAUUCUGCGGCACCAUUGAGUACAUGGCCCCUGAGAUCCUCACCCGUAGUGGCCACAACCGGGCAGUGGACUGGUGGAGCCUGGGAGCCCUGAUGUAUGACAUGCUCACUGGAACGCCACCCUUCACUGCAGAGAAUCGGAAGAAGACAAUUGACAAGAUCCUCAGGGCGAAACUGGCGCUGCCACCCUACCUCACUCCAGAUGCUCGGGACCUCCUCAAGAAGUUUUUGAAGCGAAACCCCAGCCAGCGACUCGGGGGUGGACCUGGGGAUGCCGUGGACGUGCAGAAACACCCUUUCUUCCGCCAUAUCAAUUGGGAAGACCUGUUGGCCCGACAAGUAGAACCCCCCUUCCGGCCUUGCUUGCAAUCUGAAGAGGACGUAAGCCAGUUUGACACACGCUUCACGAAGCAGACACCCGUGGACAGUCCUGAUGACACGGCCCUCAGUGAAAGUGCCAACCAGGCUUUCUUGGGCUUCACCUAUGUGGCCCCCUCCGUCCUGGAGGGCAUCAAGGAAGGUUUCUCAUUCCAGCCCAAGCUGCGGUCCCCUCGACGCCUCAACAGCAGUCCCCGGACCCCCAUCAGCCCCCUGAAAUUCUCACCCUUUGAAGGGUUCCGACCCAGUACUGGCCCAGCAGAGGCCAUGGAGCUGCCCCCACCCCUACCCCCACCUCCACCUCCCAUCAGCUCGGCCCCUCUUCCCAUCCGGACGCCCACUGGCAAGAAAUCCAAGAAGGGUCGGGGUCGUUCUGGACGCUAGGAGGGGAUGAUGCUGGCUGUCCAUGCAGUCUCUUUGCCUCCUUUGAACUCUCAACCCAAAUCGCCCCUUUACCUCUUGGAAGAAGGAUUUCUUGGCAUUGGCCUGGAAGUGCUGUAGGCCCCUUGGGCCAGGCUGAACCAAGUGCCCUUGGGGCCUGGGACAAGGGCAUCUUUUGCACAGAAUCGUGGAAACUGACUGCUACAGGGAGUACCAGGCUGCAGCCUCAGGGAGCAGCGAGUGCCCACCUCCCAGGCCCUUAGCUGCUUGUGCUGUGUCUUUUAGGAGAUUAAAUAUUUGAAUUAUGGCACUA